UGGCCCCGAACGACACCGCAUUUUGUUACUUUUUCUCCUUAACAAGUUAAGGAGCGAGAGCAAUCUUGCAUAAGAUCCAGCAGGCUACUGGUGUCGGAGAUCUCGCGUUUGGACGGGGUGGAUCUUCAACAUACUUAGUCCCUAACCAAGCCAAGCGUCGAUGAAGCUUUGGAUGUUUGAAGAUUCAUCAUUAUUAUCAUCUCGCCAAGUCCAACUCUUCAUGGACAGUUGAUAUAAUCUCGUCCUUUACCAACGAAACAUCUCCCUGGAACGCAUCGACGGCCAAGACCGCUCUUCUCGACGCAACAAUUGACGAACUCGAAAAGUGCAUUAUCAGUCAGCUGCUAAUUACUGGCUGAACCUACUUGGUCUUUCGUGUAUUCGUGUCUUGCGAAUUACUUCUACCAAACUUACUCGCCAUUAUUCCUUUUUGAUCUCAUCGUCUCUUUAAAACAUCCUUUUACCCUAACUACAAUGGGUCUCUCUAAUCCGAUUUGGGCAAUCUUGUCCUUCAGUCUCGGUAUUCUUCUCGUGCAACAUAAACCAGAGUACUCCGUGCGAGAAUCCUAUUUCCUAACGGCCCUAUCGAUCUUCUUCACAACACUCGUCGGGAGAAUUGUCUAUACUACAAUCCUAUAUCCGGAAUUCUUUACGCCGCUAAGACAUAUCCAGACUCCGAAGGGAAGAUCAUGGCUCAAAGGCAAUACGCAAUCAUUAUUCAUCGAGUCUCCCGGAUCGCGCUGUCUCCGAUGGAUGGAGGAGAUGCCUGAUGCGGAACUUAUCCGCUACUAUCUAGUAGGAAAUAUGGAAAGAGUGCUUGUAGUGAGCCCUAAAGCUCUAAGCGAGGUUCUUACUCUGAAGUCAUACGACUUUCGUAAGCCUGAUCUGGCACGGAUCUCUCUGGAGCGUAUCACUGGUAAUGGCGUUCUGCUCGCUGAAGGGGACGAGCAUAAGAGACAACGAAAGAAUCUCAUGCCUGCUUUCUCUUAUCGUCAUGUUAAGAAUCUCUACCCAGUCUUCUGGGCCAAAGCAGUCGAGAUGGUCCAGAUGAUUGGCGAUGAGCUUCGCAGCAAACCAAACUCUCAAGAAGAAGAAGAUGAUGAUGAUAAAACAAUCAUAGUCGGCGACUGGGCCAGUAGAGCCACUCUCGACGCCAUCAGCAUCGCCAGCAUGGGCCGCGACUUCGACACGCUCCGCGAUCCAGAUAACGAACUCAACAACCACUACCGCCGCUUACUGAUGGAGCCGUCCGUGAAAAUGAGAAUCCUCUUCCUGGUAGCGAUGUUCCUCGUCGAUUUGGGAUUCUUCCAGAAGAUCCCCAUAAAGCGAAACCGUGACGUUCGCGCAGCAUCAAGCUACAUCCGAACCGUUGCCCGACAACUAGUUCGCGAGAAGAAAGAACGGCUUGAAAAGAAGACACAAGAUGCCAAUGGCAAUGCCAAUACCAACGACGCAGUGACAGCCGCCAGCGACGAAAUCGACAUCAUGUCCGUCGCCCUAACCAGCGGCGGCUUUUCAGAAGAGAAUCUAGUAGAUCAAAUGAUGACUUUCCUCGCAGCAGGGCACGAAACCACCGCUUCUGCCUUCCAAUGGGUCAUCUACGCCCUGUGCAAACAUCCAGGAAUCCAAUCUCGUCUUCGUGACGAAAUCCGCGCAAAUCUCCCAUCCCCAUCACAUACAUCCAAUACCAUCUCCGCCUCAAUCAUCGAUUCCCUUCCCUACCUCAACGCCGUCUGCAAUGAGACUCUCCGCUUCUACCCCUCUGUACCUCUCACCAUCCGAGAAGCAGCCCGCGACACCACCGUUGUCGGCCACCAUAUCCCGAAAGGAUCCCUCCUUGUUUUAGCCCCCGAAGCCACGAACCGGAGUAAGGAACUCUGGGGCCCCGACGCGGAUGUAUUUGAUCCGGAACGAUGGAUGGGUCCAGGACGAGCGAAUACCGGUGGUGCGGAUACGAAUUAUGCGUUUUUGAGUUUCCUGCAUGGUCCGAGAGGGUGUAUUGGUCAGGGGUUUGCGAAGGGGGAGUUGGCGUGCAUGGUGGCUGUUACGGUGGGGAGGUUUCAGAUGGAAUUGAAGAAUCCAGAUGCGGAGUUGAAGAUGAGGAGAGGUGUUACUGUGUCGCCUAUUGAUGGUGUAGAGGCGAGGUUUAGGGUUGUUGAGGGUAGUAUGUCAAGUUUCUUGCACGUAUAG